AUGAAUGAAUCAACUUCAAAUCAGUUGAAUGAGUGCGAUUUGGAUAAUUCUUCUGAAACGUAUCAAUUUGACGAGACCAGCUGUGUUGUGGAUGAAAAAUUUGUCCCAAAGGUGGGAAUGAUUUUCAAGACAUUAGAAGAAGCUGGAAAGUUCUACAAAUAUUAUUUCAAACUUGCUGGUUUUUCUACCAAAAUAAGGAACACGACUCGAGACAGAGACAAGAUUAAGAAUCAACUAAUUGUAUGCUCCAGAGAGGGGAGGUGGAAAUCAAAGAUAUCUCCAACUUUAAAGACAAACCCUUCAGCUGGGUUAAAUUGUCCAGUCAGAAUUUACGUACACAUAAUGAAGGAUGUUAGUCUUUGGACAAUUUCCAAAGUUGCUUUGAAUCACUCACAUCCUUGUUGUGCAGACCAGGCCGAGAUGCUCAAACAACACAGGGAGCUUAGCAUGUUCGUGCGUCGCACCAUCGAAACCCACGAGGAAGCCAGAAUCAGGCUGAGCAAAACUUACCAAUCAUUUGUGGCAACAGCUGGCAACCACCGUGAACUAGAUUUUAUAGAAAAAGACGUAAGAAAUUACAUCACAAGGGAAGUACGGAAUAUUUUCGAAGAAGACGAUGCCAAAGAAUUUAGGAAGUACCUAGUUAGAAUGAAAGAGAAGAACCAAAAUUUCUUCUUUGAGCUCAACCUUAAAGACGAUCACUGCAUUAAACAUGCAUUCUGGGCUGAUGCAAGAAGUAGGACUGCAUUUGAUUAUUUUGGAGACGUGGUUUCAUUUGACACCACCUAUAAUACAAACAGGUACAAUUUGGUUUUAGGUUCUUUUGUUGGCGUGAAUCACCACGGCCAGCAGGGGCGGUGCUAG